AUCACGAACGUCAGCAUGGCAGUGCUCCUUGAAACGACUCUGGGUGAUAUUGUAAUUGAUUUGUUUACAGACGAAAGGCCUAAAACUUGCCUAAACUUUCUGAAAUUAUGCAAGAUAAAGUACUAUAAUUAUUGCCUCAUCCACAAUGUUCAGAGAGAUUUUAUUGUGCAGACUGGAGAUCCCACUGGAACUGGCCGUGGUGGAGAAUCUGUCUAUAGUAAACUCUAUGGGGACCAGGCACGCUUUUUUGAUGCAGAGAAAACGCCACGCAUCAAACACAGAAAGAAGGGCACUGUGUCCAUGGUGAAUAAUGGAAGUGAUCAGCAUGGUUCUCAGUUCCUGAUUACCACAGGUGAGAACGUGGACUACCUGGAUGGAGUCCAUACUGUGUUUGGGGAAGUUACAGAAGGCAUGGAUGUCUUGGCCAAAAUCAAUGAGACCUUUGUUGACAAGGACUUUAUUCCAUUUCAAGAUAUCAGGAUAAACCACACAGUAAUCCUGGAAGACCCGUUUGAUGAUCCUCCUGACCUGGCAGUCCCCGAUCGAUCGCCUGAACCCACCAAGGAGCAGCUAGAUAGUGGCAGAAUUGGAGCAGAUGAAGUGAUUGACGAUACAGAUGGAAAAGGAGCAGAAGAGCUGGAGGAGAGGCUGAAAGAGAAAGAUGCCAAGACGCAGGCCAUUCUGCUGGAGAUGGUGGGUGACCUCCCUGAUGCAGAGGUGAAGCCUCCAGAGAACGUGUUAUUUGUGUGCAAACUGAACCCGGUGACCACAGAUGAGGACCUGGAAAUUAUCUUCUCCCGCUUUGGGUCCAUCAAAAGCUGUGAGAUCAUCAGAGACUGGAAAAGUGGAGACUCCCUCUGUUACGCAUUCAUUGAGUUUGAAAAGCAGGAGGACUGUGAAAAGGCCUAUUUCAAAAUGGACAAUGUGCUCAUUGAUGAUCGACGUAUUCAUGUGGACUUCAGCCAGUCAGUCGCAAAGAUCAAAUGGAAAGGGAAAGGGGGGAAGUAUACUAAAGAGGACUUCAAAGCCUAUGAGAAGGAUGUGGAGAAGCAAUCCAAACUGGCUCUCAAGGAUCAAGUGAAGCCUAAACAAGAUUCCAAGUAUGACCUGCUAAUCGAUGAAGAAGAGGAGGCAACAAGCCAUCGUCCAUCUGAGAAAAAGCACAAGGACAAGAGGCACCGUCAUCAUUCAGAUGACGAAGGCAGCAGGAAGUCCAAAAAGCACAAAGACAGCGAGGAGAGCAGGCGAGAUAGAAAAAUUGGCCACCAGCGGUCUCAUUCCCGCUCACGUUCCCGCUCCAGAGACAGGGACCACAAACACGGCAAGUUCCGGGUCAAACAUGGAAAAGAGGGGCACGAUAAAGGCCACAGCCACAAGGACAGGAGCCGCAGCCGGUCCCCAAAGAAGUCCAAGGAUAAGGAAAGGAGCAGAUACAGAUGAGGAAAGAAAUGAGGUUCAAUUUGUUCUUACUGAAUAUGAUGGUGACAGAGGAAAAUGGAGCUACAGCUCCUGAACUGUAUUCAACAUGAAUAAUAUGGCAUCUAAAUGCCUAAACUACUGCCUUCCUUUAAAAUCACUGAUCCUGACUUUAAACAAAUAAGAUUGACAUCUUUGUCUCAUUGUCUUCAACAACAAAAUGUUUUGACACAUGCUUUUUGUAUGUACUGUAUAUUAAAAUGCCACAUAAUGUGA